AUGGAAGUCGUGGGAAGCGUGGCUGCCACUCUCCAGCUGGCACAGGCCCUGGGUGUCACCGUCCUCAAAGUUCGUGAAGCUUACUCCCAAAUCAAAGGCAUAGACGACCUUCUUCACGAUUUCGACGGCCAAUUGGACGCAACAAGAACAGUCAUUACCAUCCUAGAUGAUGUGAUUGGAAACGGCAAGUUCGAUGCAAGUACCGAAGGAGCAGCGUUUGCGCUUUUGGAAGAGGUGGCCGAUCGGCUGACUAGACUCGAGUCGCUGGUGAAAGAUACGAGAAAUGAUCUGAAAAAGAGAAAGACAGAGCCGGGUUCAGAGGGCCUGAUUCCACCGGCUCAGUCGACUGCGACUGACAAGCUUCUAGAAAGUCUUGAGCUUGAUCUAUCGAGACUUACUUCGUCUCAGAAUCGCCAGGCUUCACUCGCAGAGAAGCACGAAAUGGAGGCCCGAUUAGCCCCAAUGCAGGAUCUUAUUUCGCAAUUGCGUGCCAAGGCUCACCGGGAGAAAAGGCGCCCGUAUACUUCUUUGAGCCCACAAGAGAUCAGAGACAAAGCAUACAUGGAAGACGAUACCCGGUCAAUGCUUGAAGUGGUGAAUGAGCUUGUGGGCAGCACCAAGGACUAUACUUCCACCAUUGACUCUUUGUCAACAGCUUCCAAGGUCAAAUCUCCGCAAUCGCGUCCGGUACACAGUUUGAGAGAUAGACUCGAGGACAUCACGGAGUGGGUUGAUCAUACUGGUGGAGACGAUGGAGCUUCGGCCAUUUCAAGUCUAUCGGGACUUUCCACACCGCCCUCGGAGACUAUUACUACCUCCACUGCCCAAACGACUGCUACAACGGGGACUGAAAAUAGUUUUCGCGACGAGAUGAAUCAGAGGCGCAUUCGGGCGGUUAAGGAGAAUAUAAAAGCGAAGCACUAUAAAAAAGCGAUUGAUCUUCUAGAGGUCCUCCUUUCGGAGGACAAUGAACCCCUGAAAGAUGGAGAACAAGACCUCUUGUAUCGACUCAUGGCCAAAGCGACAGUUGAAGGGGAGAGCAAGGUCAACGCCAACAUCUAUACACGCCGUCCCCUUCUUAAACUAAGGGUCACAGGGAAAGAGUGUCGUUGGAAAUUGAUGCAAGCUACCGAAGCUCUCGACCAAGGGGAUCAUGAUGCAGUACUCGAUGUGCUUGGCUGCAAGUUUCAGUUCGAAGAAGAAUGGGACUCGUUAGGUCUCACGGAGAGUGACAAAAGAUCAGUACAAAAGAUACAACUAGCCCGCGGUGAGUCUUGGUUCUACGCAAAACAGUUUUGGGAUAUAGCUGCGACCGUCAGAAUACUUGAGAGACUACUUGAAGACACAAGCUUGUCCAAGUCAGACAGGGCUAUGGCGCACCAAACGCUUACCAAAGCGUACCGAGCAAAGUAUGACUACAAGAAAUCCAAAUUCCAUGGAGAGCAGGCCUACCAAAACAUGAUUGACAUCGUCGGUCGCGACGGCGAAGAGCUACAUGGGUUGAUCCAGCUCUUGGUAGAUAUAUGUUCCGAAUCCGAAGACCCCGACAGAGACAUAUGGAAGGAAAUGCUCCCCGAGGGGCUGGCCACUUCAUCCUGGUCUACCAAACGUCCGUUCAAAGCUCGGGAUGGUCUGGAUACUUGUUUUGCUUCUAAAAAUAUCAGACAUCUCCACAAACUGAUUGAUGAGCAGAAAGGCCCCCAUCGAUUACAUCAGGCUGUUGAAUUACUCCAACAGUACUAUCAUAUCCCAGACAGGGGCGAACUCCUCCGUAUUUAUGAUAUGCUAUGUUGGGAUUGUCUCCAACACAGCUUCGAACCACAUUCGAUCCUCGGUGUUGCGGAUACCCCUGACUAUGAAAAACAGGAUUUCUCUUGCAAACGUCACCAGGCGUUCGGAACGGGGACACGGGGAUUCUCCAUCAUACACUUUUUUGCAAUAGCGAAAUUCUGUUGGUGGGAGGCAAUGUCUCAUUUCGAGGGGUUGUCCGAUUCGUGUCUGGAUGAGAUAUCUAUUCUUCUUCAUAGUGUCCAGCUCAAUGAACCGGAGGAUCUGCAAUGGCCAGGAUCAAGAUCUAUCGAUACGGGCAGCUUCAGAAUGCACGACCUUGUCAACAGGCCUAUGGACCUACAACUGCCCAAAGGCUCACGGGGUUUUGCAGGGGCCAUUACUGUCACCCCAGUAUGGGCGGCUGCGUUGAGUGGAAAACCAACAACAGUGUCCUUCUUCCUAUCGUUACAAGAAACUGAUACUGUUAGAGGCGCCAACUCUAUUCUACUGCUUGACAGACACGAACAUGACAAACCAAGGAAAGAUUGUAUCCAGGAUGUUCUUAAAGGAAUUCUGGAGAUCUUCGAGACUCUCCCUGUGCGAGUGGCCAGACAAUUGCUAUCGCAUACCUUGCACAGCGAAGGUCAUUGGUGCUUCAUUGAAUCGUGGUUUCUCGACAAAGUUUUGGACAAAAGUGGAAAAGAUAGCGCCGAUUUGCUAGUUUGGUCACCUGAAGAGAACUUCCGCAAAGUCCUAUCGAAAUCCCUUUUGGCCUUCUUCUUUGUUCUAGUAACAUUGGAUUAUGAGCAACCUUCUCGCCGGAAACGAAUACUUCAACCCGAAAGUGUGCUGCAAACACUCUUGAAGCAUAGUCAAGCGACUGACCAAGAUUCAUCUGCUGUCUUGAUUGACCUGAUCAGCGACGUGAUACAGGAACAGGAACUUCGAGACUAUCGAGAUCCAUCAUGGUGCUCGAAGGUUGCCGAACAGCUGGGUUCAUGGAUCGACCUGGUUAUUAUCUACGUGAAUUACGGCCGUGAUGUUGGCAGUGCUAGCGUCCUCAAACUUGAGAGGUGCAUCGAUGACUUAGCUCACUGGAAACAGCGCAUGAAACGUAACAUCGAGGAAGAGAGCACUAUCUCCAGAGAGCUUAAGGCGAAGUUUCGACGCGCCUUUGGCAUAUUAAACAAAAAGAAGCGUAAUGAGUUGUUGGAUAGAAAGCUUGAGCUGGAAAGUGAGAGACCUUUUCUAGCAGACAUGGUGACAAUCAAGGAGAGACUAGAAGGGAUCGUCAUUUUGAGGAAUCCGGAAAGGGAGCAAGGUGUUUCUGGUGGUAGUUAG